CUGGGCGGCGACAAGGCGCGGCGCCGAACCCACGCCGUUUAUUUAAGAGACGCGGUUGUGGGAGGCUCCUUUCGCUGGAGGAAUGGUCGUGUGGCCAUGGCACCUUUGUCUCGAGAAUCUGCGGCGCUUCGGUUUUUAGUGUUCAGCGUCUUGGUGGCUCACUCGGCGCUGGCCCAGAUUGAUCGUGCGUGGAAGAACGCCAUCGAGUCGCACGACACUCCGAGCAAUCUCUACACACAAUGCCAGCCGUCGACCGUGGGCUUCCUUGUGAAGGAGGACGCGCGCUCCACCGUCUACUACAUUCGAAUCCUGGAUAAACAAAACACGGCCGAGUAUGCCGAGACUCUGAAAGCAGAGGGCUGCGGAUACGAGAUCACCAGAGAUGCCAACGGUCUGCAUUUCGUAGCGCCAAACGGGGGAUGCCGCGUCUACAUCGACAAUGACAAACGAGUCAUGAACGUGGAGGUGGAGAAGGUGGUGCGUGGGCAGAAGCAACGCGCCUUGAGAUUCGCCAUCGAGUGCCCCAUUAGCUUGAGGUCGAUUGGUGGUCAGAACCAAGAACUUCCGUGGCAAGCGCCUCCGUCGCCGUCCUGCGACGCCUCCACUCGCCGCAUCCCGUGUGGAUCUGGCUCUCAAAUUCCGAGCGAUGCAUCUUGUAGGGAGCGGCGCUGCUGCUACGAUGCAGCCCAGCAGACGUGCUUCUACGGCAACCCAGUUUGCACCACAGACGGCCGCUUUGUCAUCCCGGUGCCACGAGACAUCACCUCGCCGGCCCUCAACCUGAGCACCCUCCGCCUCGGCCUCGAUCUGCCCGAGUGCCGUCCCGUGGUGGCGUCGGACGAAUAUGUCGUCUUCGACUUUCCAUUGGCCUCCUGUGGGACGAGCUCGCAGUGGGACGGCGAGGAUCUCAUCUACGAAGUGAUGCUGAUCGCUGACAGAGAGCUCUGCACCGAUGGGGAUGUUUCCAUCACGAGAUCUUCAACUUACGAGCUGCUUCUGCAGUGCAGAUUCCCAGGGAUGAGCGACGUGGAGAUGAUCGGCGUGGAGGUCAACACCCUCCCCCCUCAGCCACCGGCCACUGCCGAGGGACCCCUAUUCAUAGAAAUUCGAGUGGCCACUGACGGAGAUUACCUGGACUACUACUCGCAGUUCCCGGUCGUGAAGUUCUUGAGGGACCCCAUCUUCCUGGAGGUUCGGCUCCUGGACCACCCGGACCCGAGCCUCGUGCUGGUGCUGCAGGACUGCUGGGCCACACCGACACCUGACCCCCUCAACAGCGUCCAGUGGAGGGUGCUGGACAACCACUGCCCUUUCACAGAUGACAACUACCUGACGGUGCUGCACCCCAUGGCGGAGUUCCCCAGCACGCCCCUUGGCACGCACUACAAGCGCUUCGAGGUGAAGACGUUCGUUUUCAUGACGCCGGGCGGCACCGUCUUGCCCAACGGACAGCUCUACUUCCACUGCAGCGCCUACGUGUGCCAAGGGGACGACGUCUCCUGCGUGCCGCCAUGCCCCGUCUCGAGAUUUAAGCGAACGCCUGCUGAUGCGGAAUCUUUGUCCCUCGUGACUGUACAAGGACCUGUCAUAAUUUUGGUACCCGAGGAGAAUGAAGAGUGGGGAUUUCUAUCGAGUGACGUUAUGGACGGUGAUGACGCGAUCAAGGUGAUGGUGCUGACGUUGUCCGGAGUGAGCCUGCUUGUGGCCCUGAUCAUCACCCUGGUCAUCGCCGUCUUCUGCCGCCGCCAGCAGCAGCGCGUCGUUGACAAAGCCUCGCCCGAGUUCGUUGCCCUCGGCUCUUGAGAACCCCGCGAGCCAAAACCGGCGUUCAAUAGCAACGCGACUCGCUCGCUUCUUGCACAUUUUGGUGGCGUUACGUUUUACUUCGGUUGAACAAGUCCAUUUUGACGUUAGGUUGAAGACUUGCGAUUCUCAAGUUUGGUGUCAAAGGUGACGGAUUUACUGGGACUGCUCGA